AUGGCUCUCCGAACCCGUGUCCUUACCACAGAUGCGCCUGCGCCCAGCCCUCAUCUUUCCCAAGCAAUCAUCCAUAAUGGAACAGUCUACUGCUCAGGCUCGUUCGGUAUGGACCCGCAGACUCGAGAAUUAGCCGAUGGGCCUUAUCACCAAACUGCUGGAGCUCUAAAAAACCUCGAUUCUAUCCUUAAAGCAGCGGGAACAACUCUUCAUAAUGCUUUAAAGGUCACCAUCUUCAUAUUGAACAUGGACCACUAUGCAGAGGUCAAUAAAGCCUACCUCGAGUUCUUUACAUCAGAUCCUAAACCAAGCCGAACAUGCGUGGCUGUUGCUCAGCUCCCGCUGAAGGGUGCUCAUGUAGAAAUGGAAGCUAUUGCAGCUAUUCCAGAGAAGUCCAGCAAGCUAUAG